GCGGUUCCCGUGAACGCAGCACUGGACCGACUCGAUCAGCGGCUAGUUGUCCGAGGCGUCCUGGCUCCUGAUCGCAGACACGCCCACACUUUAUCGGUAUUCUGACUCAACCAGUGAUGAGCUCACUAACGAGACUUUAGACUACACAAAUGGGGACUCAGGGCGCUUCUGGGAGCGAAGACUGUCCUUUCUGCCAAAUAGCGAACAACCAGACUGACGCAGAAAUCCUGCUAAGUGACGAUGAGCUGCUUUGUUUUCGUGACAUAAAACCUAGCGCCACACAUCAUUACCUUGUUGUUCCCAGGACGCAUAUCAACAACUGCAAAACUCUCCAGGAGGACGACAUACCUCUAGUGGAGCGGAUGGAAAAAAUGGGAAGGAGUAUACUAGAGAAGAAUAAAGUCAGCAACCUGAAUGACGUCAGGAUGGGGUUCCAUGUGCCUCCAUUCUCAUCUGUUCCACACCUCCACCUCCACGCUCUGGCUCCAGCCAGUACGAUGAACUUCAAGUCGCAGCUUCGCUACGGGCAGCAGUCUCACUGGUUCAUCCCAGUCGACAACAUUCUUUCUCAAUUGAAGACUCGCGGCGAAGUCAAAUGAAGAGAUACAUGAGUCUGAAGGUGCAACGGCCUUUUUUUAUGUUGACAGGUUAUUUAUUUUCAUCCCGCUUCACUGAGUGCAAUUUUACAUCAGUUCUCUAUCUGACUUGACAUUUUUUGUGUAAAUGAGUUAUGAUGUAUAUUCCUCCAUGCUGUUUGGUGGUUCAGUUGUGGAGAAAAGUGGAAUAAAAUGGCUCUUUUUCUUUUAAGGUGGAAGCUGUAAAAGUUCAACCUUUCCACAAAUAUAUGUUUUUAAUAAUUCAUCCUAGUGCUAUCAAAUGUCAUGUUGUGCAAUGAGGAGAGAAUUACUGCUUUUUGGCUCUUUGGAUUUUUUUGGAUUUUUUUGGAUUUUUUGAAAAUUUAAAUUCAAACCUUAAAGACUCCCUCAGCUUAUCCCCUGAUUUGGAGGACUGAGCUCCUUCUGGACUGCUGCAGUCGACACCAGCU